UAGCGUUCGUAAACAUGAUGAGCCCUGAGACAGUGGCGCCGAUAGAAUCGAGCAAUUCAUCCAUGGCAAACACGACCACGCCGUUACCAGAAGGCCCACGUGGAGUUGAUUUGGUCAGCGACGAGCUACUUCGGGUUGGUAUGUUCGUAAACUAUGGUAUUAUCGUCGGGAUAAUUGGAGUGGUAGGCGUAUUUCUGAACGUAGUGAAUAUAGCCGUGUUUGUUAAGCAGGGCUUCAAAGACCCCAUCAACAUCACGCUCCUUGGGCUGUCUAUAGCCGACAUCGGAGGGCUGGCGAGCCUCAUUUGGAUGAGCCUGUGCUACAACCCGCUGGUGGUUGACGGGUUGCCGCAUGUGGAUUUCAUCGGCGUCCAGCACAUCACCGCCGGUUGGCCACACGUCUGUUUCACCCGCGUUUCCUGUUGGCUGACGGCCUUCAUCACGUUCGAGAGAUAUCUGUGCAUCGCGUUCCCUCUCAAGGUCAAGAGCAUUCUGACGCCUAGAAGAACCGCCAUUGUCGUCAUCGCGAUAUUCACCAUUAUCAUUUUAUCCGUUGUUCCUGUCUACGUCGCCAUCCACUUCGCCUCGUCUGUCAGCGCCAGAACCAACAGCGAGGUCAUAAGUAUAGCGUACAUUCCAGGCGGCCCUGCUCUAGAAAAUGCCUCGCUCUACUGCAGCACGUUCUUCCAGUUGUCGUCCUUUGUCUGCGUCAUUGUAUGCACCGUGGGGCUAGUCUACAAAAUUACCGAGAAGUCAAAAUGGCGCAACACUACAUCCUCAGCGUCCAAAAACGAAUCCAUCUCCAACAGAGACAAGAAGGUCGUCAAGAUGGUCGUGGUGCUGUCUGUGGUGUUCAUCGCCAGCUUCACGCCCGUGGUUGGGAACCUGAUGGCCAUGCUCAUAGAGUAUGAGUACACGGUGGGACGCAAGCUUCAGAACACAUUUUUAUUCUGCGGUACAUUUGCUUUUAACUUGGAGGCGCUGAACUCAAGUUCCAAUAUUUUUGUCUAUUUGAAGAUGAGCAGUAAAUACAGGGAGGUCUUGUUUUCAAUGAUGAGAAAGAAGAAGACACCGAAAGCAUAA